GCGUUGGCGUCGGUCGGUGCGCUUUUCCCGGAGCCACGCACGGAAACGUGCACCCACUUGGGGAUCUAGAGGCCUGUUUACACGCGCCACCCCUCGGCGGGCGGCGCUGCUCAGGCUCGUCCUUUCCCGCCCCUGGGACUCGGCUCUUACCCCACCUUGUAUUUGUGCAGCGCCCGUUGGCCUGGCCAGAGCAGAGAGGCUGGGUUUGUGAGGGCAGCCGCUCCGGAGGUCGAGCUGGGCUGAGAUUGCGGGCCGGCGAAGGCCGGCGGGGACGCGGUCGGGGCUAUGCUGGGCAAGGAUUACAUGCUGGCCAUCAUUCUGGUCAACUGCGAUGAUGACUUGUGGGGGGACCAGAGUCUUGAGGGGGAGCCAGGGCUGCCCCCUGGCUGGAGGAAGAUACGAGAUGCUGCAGGUACUUACUACUGGCAUGUACCCAGUGGCAGCACCCAGUGGCAGCGCCCAACCUGGGACACAGGCGAUGCAGAGGAUCCAGGCACGAGGAUGGAGGGGAUUUGGGGACUUCGGCCCCCCAAGGGGAGAUCCUUCUCUAGCCUGGAGAGCUCACUGGACCGCAGGAACUCUCUGCCCUGGUAUGGUGAGGAGUCCUACAUCCAGAGUGUGGAGCCAGGGGCUAAGUGCUUUGCAGUCCGCUCCCUGGGUUGGGUAGAGGUACCCGAAGAGGAUCUGGUACCAGGGAAGAGCAGUAUUGCAGUCAAUAACUGCAUCCAGCAACUGGCCCAGACUCGCAGCCGUAGCCGCAGCCAGCCCCCAGAUGGUGCCUGGGGUGAGGGCCAGAACAUGCUGAUGAUCCUAAAGAAGGAUGCCAUGAGCCUGGUGAAUCCUCUGGACCACAGUCUGAUCCACUGCCAGCCUCUGGUGCACAUCCGUGUGUGGGGUGUGGGCAGCUCCAAGGGCCGUGACAGCCCCAUCUCUCACCCUGCUAGGGACUUCGCUUUUGUGGCGGGUGACAAAGACAGCUGUAUGCUCAAGUGCCAUGUGUUUCGCUGUGAUGUCCCUGCCAAGGCCAUCGCCAGUGUCCUACAUGGGCUCUGUGCCCAGAUCUUGUCAGAGCGAGUAGGUGUCAGUGGUGAUUCCCCUUGCUCCUCCCUAGACCCCAUCUCCCCCGAAGACCUGCCACGGCAAGUGGAGCUGCUGGAUGCAGUGAGCCAGGCUGCUCAGAAGUACGAGGCACUGUACAUGGGGACCUUGCCAGUCAACAAAGCCAUGGGCAUGGACGUGCUGAAUGAGGCCAUUGGUACCCUCACCACCCGGGGGGACCAGGAUACCUGGGUCCCUGCCAUGCUCAGUGUGACUGACUCUCUAAUGACUGCACAUCCCAUUCAGGCAGAAGCUGGUGCAGAGGAGGAACCACUAUGGCAGUGCCCUGUGCGCCUUGUGACCUUUAUUGGGGUUGGCCGUGACCCUCACACCUUUGGCCUCAUUGCUGACCUGGGCCGUCAGAGCUUCCAGUGUGCAGCCUUCUGGUGCCAGCCCCAUGCAGGGGGACUCUCUGAAGCUGUGCAGGCUGCUUGCAUGGUGACCUUGGGCAAGUUACGUAUAUUCUCUCUGAACCAAAAUUUCUUCAUUUGCAAAAUGGUUCAGUACCAGAAGUGUCUUGUGGCCUCUGCAGCUCGAGGCAAGGCCUGGGGUGCCCAGGCCCGUGCUCGCCUGCGGCUCAAGCGGACCAGCUCCGUGGACUCCCCAGGAGGUCCCCUCCCGCUCCCCCUGCUCAAAGGAGGGGUUGGGGGUGCAGGGGCAGCCCCUCGAAAGCGGGGUGUCUUCUCUUUUCUUGAUACCUUCCGUCUGAAACCCUCUCUGCUCCAUAUGCCCUAAGUUAAUCCAGGAGGACUGGGUAAGGAGGCUCUGGGUCCAUGCCCAACUCUAUACCCCUUCAUUCUCCAGGGGCCUGUAGCCUCUCACUCCUUGAAGCCUUCUCUGCCUGCCCCUCCGGCUCUUGCCUACCCUCUGUUUAUUGCCCGGUUUAUUAAAUAUUUAUAGGGAUGACUGAGAGGCCCUGCACCACAACCCAGGCCCCUGGCUGCCCUUUCCCUGGGUCCCUGUGUUCCUUGCCCCUGUCCAGCCCUGGACAGUUGGCUCUACCUCAGCAACACUUUAUAGCAAAAUCAGUACAAAUAAAAAUCCCUCAGUGACCUCA